AUGGCGCCGACAGUGAUCGCAGCAGGCAGCUCAGCAGCAUUUGACCGGGUCGGAUAUUGGUCCCCCAGCACCUCAUCUGUCGACUGGUGUGAGAACAACUACGUUGUCUCCUUCUACAUCGCCGAAUUCUGGAACACGAUCUCGAACGCGGCAUGUUUCGCAGCGGCGGUGAUCGCAUAUCACUUCUUUCCUGGUGUCAAGGAGGCCCGGUUUAGGUACCUCUUUGGGACUCUCUUCCUUGUCGGGGUUGGGUCCAUGCUCUUCCACGGCACCCUCCGCCACAAAAUGCAGCUCCUUGAUGAGUUGCCGAUGUUGUAUUCGGCGACUAUUAUUCUUUUUAUACUUGUCGAGGCCAAGCAUGGACCCCAGGGCCAGUGGUUCCCUCUCCUCCUUGCAGCGUGGUUAGCAACAGGGCACCUCCAAUUCUACACCUUCCAAACAACCUACACCCUCCUCCAAUUCGGCAUGAUCUACUACCUCCGCACCCUCCACGUCCAACAACGUACUUUCAAAGGCCCCAACCCUCUCAUCUCCACUCUCAUCCGUCGUGCUCUCGGAUUCGCUUUAUUCGCAGUAUCGAUCUGGUUGAUUGAUUUGAGGGCGUGCGAAACCAACCUUGGAUACAUUGGUGAGAAAGGUGCAAAUCAACAACAAGCAGGACAGAAACAACAGGAACGGCAACAGCACCAGCAGCCAUAUGUCGACCACUGGAUGGGUCUUGUUCCUGUGAUCCGACUCCGUCGUUCAAAAGGGGUGUAA